AAGUCCUACGCACCAAUUCGGCAGCAAUUCAUUCCAUAUUCCACUCCCACUCCUUGGGGUAAACUUUCGUCAUUCGGAUUCCAUGAAUUGGGCACUGCAGUGGAUCCUCCCCAGAAACGUCCAUCCGACAGCUGUAAGCCCGAUUCGGCGGUGAUCAUGCCCAACCACCGUUUCCUUGACAGCACAUCAGCAUCCGCUUCUCCAUCAGAUCUGUCGCCGGAUUUCUCUCCACUGCUCCUCCCAUGGCGGCGGCGGCGGCGAUGCUCCUCUCUUCUUCCGCCACAGCCUUCGUCCUAUUACUGCUUUCAGUGGCGGGUCUUACUUCCUCCGCGGUGUCACCGUCGCCGUCGCCGGUCCCCGGUGGCUCGAUCCGCACUCCUAAUGCACCCCCUCCGGCGCCUUCCCCCUCUCUGAGUACUUCGCCUGCUUCUCCACCGCCAGAAACCCCUCACUCUUCUCCGUCUCCACCUCCCGAGUCGCCGUCCCCCUCUCGGAUCACGAAGGUACCCGCACCGGUGCCCAACGGCGCCGAUUCAAGGGCAGCGCUGAGCCAUAAAGUGAAGGGAGAUGGAGAAGGCGAAGGCGGCGGCGGCGGGAUGAACGGGGGGAAGAAAACGGCGAUAGUGGUGAGUCUGAUUCUGGCGGCGGCGGUCCUGGCGGCGGCGGCAGUGGUCUACAAGAAGCGCCGGGACAACAUCCGGCGGUCCAGGUAUAGCUACGCCACUCACAGGGAGAUUCUUUGAAAUCGGAAACAUGAUGAUCGAUUCUUUCUUUGACGAGUACGAUGUAGUUAUCGAUUUCCCGCAGAUAGAUUAAUUAAUUCAAGAAGAAUUAGUUUCAAUUCCUUUAGUUUUAUCCCUAGACCAGUAGGGAAGACAGAGGAGAUAGAUUAUGAGAAAAGUGCAGUUCAUAUAUUUAAUAUGCAUUGUAAACAUAGUUUAAUCCAGUUCUUUAUUUGCCAUAAAUCUGUUGUGAGUUCUUAUUGUUCUUA